AUGGAGACGCGUGUCGGUUUGGGUGGCGUUGGCAGUGGCGGUGGCAGUCGCUACAAAGUGACUGCACGCUGCGUGCCUGAAGUAAGCAUAACCUCACCGACCGAUGGGCAUUAUCAUGAAUUACAGCCACCAUCAUCGAUAUCAUCAGCAUCCCCAUCGACACCAUCGCCACAACAAGCAGCAACAUCUCAUGUGCAUUCACCACAACUCACCAAUCAUCAUUCAACUGAACAGCUGCUACCAAAAGCAACAACACAAUCACCACAUCAACAACAACAUUCAGAAACUCAGCAUCAGCCACAGUCACACCAUAAACAACAACAUAAACAACAUAAGAAAUCGAAGAGCAAAUCAAGUAGUAAUAGCAACAGCCACUGCUAUAGCAACUACAACUACAACAACAUCAACAGCAUUAACAAAAGCAACAGCCACAGCCAAAGUCAAAGCCAACAUAGCCACAAUAGUAGUAACAGUAAAUCUUAUCCGCUGCGCAGUAAGCACACUAACGACAUUUAUUCAUCAGGAGCCACACUGGUGGAGGAGGAGGACUUCAAUGAAUUGACGGCGGUGCCCAGAGCAACAAUUGUGAUAGCGACAAACGCCAACGGUAUAGUGCGCGUGAGUUCGCACACAACUGCCAACGGCAGUAUCGGCACAGGCGUCAACACGGGCACCAGCACUGGCACUGGCAAAGGAACACGUCGCCAACUACCACCACCCUUGAAGUUGACCGCUGCCACAACGUCAAGUCCAACAACGAUUACCGCACCAACGAAAAAUGUGCUACAACGCCAACGGGCGACCCAGCAACAACAACAGCAGCACGCGAGUCCCACAUCAGCCACAUUGAAAUUGACGACCCAAGCCAGCGAGGAGAGCCAACCCACUGAAUUGACGCCUUUGGUGGACGCAGACGACAUAACACUAAGUCAGAGUCCAAUAACGCCUACACCUUCCUCGAAUACGAAUACCGCCAGCUCAACGCAGCGUUCGAAUAGCACAGCGAUCGCCGCUUCUGUGUCGCCUACUAGUGUUGGUGUAGCCGCAGCAUCGCAGUUUGGUGGCGGCUUAACGCCUGCCACAUCCACAGCAACCAUCAUCGCCACAGUCGGUGCCGCAAAUUCGUCGAACGUUUACGGUCAACAGUGCAGUGUGCCGUCUGCCUCGACAGUGCCACCACCUACAGUCGUUGCCGCAGCCGCCGCCGCCGCUGCUACAACCACCACCUACAGCCACAACUCGAAAACGACCCGUUCAUGGCCGGUGAUCUAUCGUAAUCCACAUCACUACGACUACGAAGCACUCUACGUGCAGGCCACCAGCGGUAGCGGAAAACCUUCGAGCGGGAGCAAUCACCACUAUUACCAUCAGCCGCCGAACCAUUAUCAAAUCAGUAGCACCGGUUUUAAGCAGAACUGUUAUUCUAAUCAAUUUGCCCAAUCAAUUUUGUAUACGUCGAGCAAUGAGGACUUGAGCGCGAUCAAUGAGCAAGGCGGUAGCGUGGGCGGACUCAAUGGUGUGGCAGGCGGUACUUCAGGAGGCAGCAGCACCUUCGGUAUUGGCAACGGCCACAGCAACCUUAACAACACAAACAGCAAUACACAAACGACGUGUUACUACUUUGCGCCCAGUCGGCACAACAGCAUUUAUGAACACCCAUCAGCUGUGGUGCACAAUUCACUACCCUUCGAUCCAUCCGCGGCAACAACUGCAGCCGCAGCAGCGGCUGUUGAAAGUUUGAGACGCAGCAAUAGCAUCCUGUUGCGAAAUAGUAGCUGCGCUAAGGCGCUGAACCAAAGCGGCGGAGGCAUUGCCGACGGCACAGGCGGUGGCCUCGGCACGCCAACUUCACUGAACUCGGCUAUGGAAAUGGGUAGUGGAACAGGCGCUACGUCUUUUUGUUCCAACUGCUGCGUCGGUCCACCGCCGGUGCUAUUCCUCUUCGUGACGCUGCUGAUGACCACUAGUGCAACAGCUAUGCUCUGCGCAGCGAUUAUGACUGAUCACUGGGAGCAUGUGACAUGGGAUCGGAACAGCUUGGAUAGGUACACAAAUCGUUCGAGUAUGCAGUUGGAGUGGAUGUUGAACGAUAAGGUAGCGAUGCUAAAGCCGGACAAGAAAGGUAAAUGA